ACCACCUCACGGCGGCGCCUCUACUCCCUCCGCCCCGUCCGCUCCUCCGCCGCCGUCGAAACUCUCCCCAAGACCGACACCGCCCUCCUCGAGAAAUCGAUCAACACAAUCCGUUUCCUCGCAAUCGACGCCGUCGAGAAGGCCAAUUCGGGUCAUCCGGGUCUUCCCAUGGGUUGUGCUCCGAUGGGUCAUAUACUGUACGAUGAGUUGAUGGGGUACAAUCCGAAGAACCCUUACUGGUUCAAUCGUGAUCGCUUUGUUCUCUCCGCUGGACAUGGUUGUAUGCUUCAGUACGCUUUGCUUCACCUCGCUGGUUAUGACAGUAUCAAGGAAGAAGACUUGAAAGGUUUCCGUCAGUGGGGAAGCAAAACCCCGGGUCACCCAGAGAACUUCGAGACCCCUGGUGUUGAAGUCACUACUGGUCCUCUUGGUCAGGGUAUUGCCAAUGCUGUCGGCUUGGCCCUAGCAGAGAAGCAUUUGGCUGCUCGCUUUAACAAACCAGACAGUGAGAUCGUUGAUCACUACACAUAUGUGAUAUUGGGGGAUGGUUGUCAAAUGGAGGGGAUUGCAAAUGAAGUGUGUUCUCUUGCUGGUCAUUGGGGACUUGGGAAGCUUAUUGCUUUCUAUGAUGACAACCAUAUCUCCAUUGACGGUGACACAGAGAUUGCUUUUACUGAGAGUGUUGACACUCGUUUUGAGGGUCUUGGGUGGCACGUUAUCUGGGUGAAGAAUGGGAACACAGGUUAUGAUGAAAUUCGUGCUGCCAUCAAAGAAGCAAAGACUGUCAAAGACAAACCCACUUUGAUCAAGGUGACAACAACUAUUGGUUAUGGCUCUCCCAAUAAGGCAAAUUCAUACAGUGUACAUGGGAGUGCACUUGGUGCUAAGGAAGUUGAUGCCACAAGGAACAACCUCGGAUGGCCAUAUGAGCCUUUUCAUGUGCCCGAGGACGUAAAAAAGCAUUGGAGCCGCCAUGUCCCUGAGGGUGCUGCUCUUGAAGCUGAGUGGAAUGCUAAAUUUGCCGAAUAUGAGAAGAAAUAUAAGGAGGAAGCUUCAGAGUUGAAGUCUAUCAUGAGUGGUGAACUACCAGCUGGUUGGGAGAAAGCUCUUCCGACAUACACUCCAGAGAGCCCAGCUGAUGCCACCAGAAAUCUCUCUCAACAAUGUCUUAAUGCCCUUGCAAAGGUUCUCCCUGGAUUUCUCGGUGGCAGUGCCGAUCUUGCUUCCUCCAACAUGACCCUCCUAAAAAUGUUCGGGGACUUCCAAAAGAACACACCCGAAGAACGUAAUCUCAGGUUUGGUGUUCGUGAGCACGGAAUGGGAGCAAUCUGCAACGGGAUUGCCCACCACACCCCAGGGCUCAUUCCCUACUGUGCGACUUUCUUUGUUUUCACAGACUACAUGAGAGCCGCCAUUAGGAUCUCCGCCUUAUCUGAAGCUGGAGUUAUCUAUGUAAUGACCCACGAUUCAAUCGGUCUCGGAGAAGAUGGGCCCACACAUCAACCAAUCGAGCACUUGGCAAGCUUCCGAGCAAUGCCCAACAUUUUGAUGCUCCGACCGGCUGAUGGCAACGAGACAGCUGGCGCAUACAAGGUUGCGAUCCUCAAUUCAUGGCAAAAGCUACCCCAACUUCCAGGAACUUCCGUUGAAGGAGUGGAAAAGGGUGGUUACAUUGUAUCAGAUAAUUCUUCGGGUAACAAGCCAGAUGUUAUCUUGAUUGGUACUGGUUCUGAACUUGAAAUUGCUUCCAAGGCAGCCGAUGAACUCAGAAAGGAAGGGAAAGCUGUGAGGCUUGUGUCCUUCAUUUCAUGGGAGCUAUUUGAUGAACAAUCCAAUGCUUAUAAGGAAAGUGUCCUCCCAGAAGCUGUAACAGCUAGGGUUAGCAUUGAAGCCGGAACGACAUUUGGCUGGGAAAAGAUUGUUGGAACCAAAGGAAAGGCAAUUGGAAUUGACCGAUUUGGGGCGAGUGCUCCAGCAGGAAAAAUAUACAAGGAGUUUGGCAUAACAGCAGAGGCUGUUGUUGCCGCAGCUAAAGCACUUUGCUAGGCUUCACAACAUGAGAUUCUUGGUUGUUGGUAGUCAAAUCUCAAUUUCAUCAAUUGGGUUUUGGAUUUUGAGUGAUGAGGCCAUGCUUGAAAGAUCUGGGUCAGGUCGUGGCCUCGUAUCAUUUCAUAAUAAGAGGAGGUUAGGUUCUCUUUCACGUCUUUCAUCUUCUUCCGAAGAGCAGCCAGGUCUGCAAACUGAAUCAAGAUCAAAAGAGAGGGAAUUUUGGUGUAAUUUGUAUACCAAACUCUUGGACAUGUCUUGAGUUUUGCAACGUUAUGUGGUUGAUCGGGUAAUUAGGUUUUAUAAUUGUGAAUUUAGGAACAGAUGGUUUGAUCUCAUUUGUAAUUUUUGAUGUGUGGAACUAAAGAGCAAACAAUCCACUUCUAUUAUUUUGGGUUGCAUCUGAAAUUGUAUUGUGUUUUUAAAAUUCUGUUCUUGUUUCUGGUAA